ACAACUUCGACAUGAAAAUGUUGUACGAUUCAUAGGUGUUUGCACCAAUUCCAAUCAUUUCUGCAUAAUCACCGAAUUAUGUGAUAAUGGCGACAUGUUUGAUUAUAUGAGAAGAGAGACAAAACCAUCUUUCAGUCGGCAGAUCAUGCUUAUGCACGAUAUUGCCAUGGGAGUUACAUACUUACACACGCGUCGACCCAGUAUCAUUCACCGAGACUUAAAAUCUAUGAACAUUUUGAUAUCGGUCGAUUUACAAGCCAAGAUCAAUGACUUUGGUUUGGCCCGAAUUCGACCUAAAGCAAAUGCAAGCAUGCACACGCAAUGUGGUACGCCAAACUGGCAAGCACCUGAAUUUUGGUCGCCUAAACCAAGUUAUACGGAAAAAGUAGAU